GAUAUGCUUUUAUUUAGAGCGGAUAUUGUUACAAGUCAAUUACAGUGCCACGCAAGUGAAUACCAUUUGACUUUCUAGUUUGAAACACGCAGCCAAUGCCAGGUCUUUUGAAGCAAAAUAUAAUUAAGCAACUACAAGACAUCAAUUAUUAAGGAUCCAUUUAGAUUGCCAACUUCCAAACCAUCAGCGGCUCGAUAUUAGUCAAAAAUUAUUGGAAGCAAUUCAGGCAUAAUGACAUCGAUAGGAAAUUCUGCGCAGUUAACGGAGGUGAGGACGUUAUUUUCUGCAUUUGACAAGAACAAAGAUGGGUUCCUAUCUUCAAAAGAAGUCGCAGCACUUCUGCAGUCAGGAAAACUCAGUGCCAAAGUUCCCUAUAACGCCAUACAAAAAAUAGUAAGAGAUGUGGAAAAGAAGGACAAAAAGAUGGUAAACCUGACACAGUUUACUGAACUUCUUGGAGAAUAUUGUCCCGAGUUCAACCCAAUGGCGGACAUGCUGGAGGCUUUCAAAGUUUUUGACAAGAAUGGAGAUGGUGUGAUUAGUGUUUCUGAGCUUCGACAGGUCAUGAACAACUUAGGAGAGCGCCUGACUGAUAGAGAACUUCAAAAGAUGUUUCGGGACGCAGAUCAAGAUGGUGACGGCGAAAUCAAUUUUAACGAAUUCCUAAAAAUGAUGAUGCACAGUUGAAAAAAAGAAAAAGAAAUGGACUUAAAAAGCAACCUAAAUGUCUUGCAAAGCUAUAUUUAAACGAGACAGUAAUAAUGCAGACUAAUGUCAAAUAUCACUAUACGUACCAGUGUCUUUUCAUUUGUCAAAGAAUUUUCACAUUA